AUGACCACGGCCACCAUCUCCAGCGGCGGCAGCAGCAGCAGCUACUUCGACUCCAGCGACGGCGCGCGGUACCGCGACCUGGCGGAGGAGAUCAAGGCGUCCGACCCGCCGCCGCCCGCGCCGCUCUCCAUCGACGAGGAGGUGCGCAGCCCCGCGGAGCCGCGCGUGCAGACGGUUCAGUCGGCCUCCAACGUGCUGGCGCUGGCCUCGCGCGUGCGCGGCAACGACGCGCUGUCGCCCUCGGUGCCCAUGCGGCGCUACAACAGCUCGCAGAGCAUGAUGCAGGCCGCCAUGGAGCGCAAGCGCAGCGUGGGCGCCAGCUCCAGCAGCGCCACGGCGCUCAUGCGCGCCAAGGGGCAGGACCGCACGGGCUUCGCGCGCAUUUUCUUCGAGAGCAAGAGCUUCACGUCGUCCACGGUCUUUAGGCUGCUGAGCACCACCACGGUGCUGGAGGUGCGCAGGUCCAUGGCGGCCAAGAUCGACAUCCCCCCGGAGGACUUCAACAACUACGCCAUCGUGGUGGUGUUCCCCACGGACAACGCGGGGUCGCUGUCCGCGCGCACGUUGAGGGACGAAGAGCUGAUUCUACCGCUCGUGGAGAGACUGAACCGCGCGCGGCCGGCGCAAAGCGUGGAGGCGGACGACACCAUCGGAGGCACCACGAGGACAAGAGUGCAACAUCGGAAGAAACCACCCGUCAAGUUUGUGCUCAAGGACGUCCGGGGAUCUCAUUUGGAUAUUAGUGAAAAUGGAGGGAAACCAAAGCGCCCGGGACCCAAUACGCAGUCUAUCAACUUCCCCGUGUUAUUAGGAAAGGGUGUCUACUCGGGAUAUCUUCAGAAGGCGAGCUCGAGGGACCCGGGCUUGUGGAGAAAGCGCUGGUUCAUCAUCAAGGGGGACCAACUGCUCUACUGCAAGUCAAACGUGAACCAACAGGACGUUACGUCAAUUAGUUUGUUGGGCGCGGUUCUAGCUAAGGCCAAACCAGAAGCGCGCGCGUCAUAUGCGUUCCAACUCAAGACGCCACGUCGCGAUUACGAGCUUGCUGCAAAUACCAAGGACGAAAUGGUAGCUUGGAUUCACGCGCUGCACGUCCAAAUCGGACUGUGCUCAGAAAAUCACCGGUUGUAUGAAGCUGAGAUUUGGAUUACGGAAGACGCUGUUUUGCGAAGCGAGCAGGAGGCUUAUGUGCCGCCCAAGGCAGAACCUUCGUUGCUGGAGCGCGUACUCUCUCGAGAAGACACGCUGAAACUUUUUCGCGACUUUGUCUUUACGACCACCUACCAGGGUUUGCUGGACACGUGGAUUGAGUGCGAGCUGUUCCGUCGAAGCUGCCUGGCCCGGGAGAACGGCCUUGUAACCAGUGCAAAUAUGGCAAAUCGGCGGACUGCACAGGACGAGUGGGACCAUCUGAAGAGGAUUAUUCAGGCGGUCUCGAUCUUGCAUGUCGUGCACCCUGGCGAACUGGACCAGCUCCGAAAAGCGCACCAGACUGGACAAAGUAAUCGCCGUCGAAGCAUGGCAAUGAACAACGACGACUAUGACGAGUUCCCGCGAACGGACAUCAUCGUUCCUGUGCAGCUGACACUUUUCAAGGCCAUCGAAGCGGGACCGUUCCAGCAGUUCCUUCUACAGAACGGAUACAGGCUGCUGCUGGAGCGCAUUAUUGGUGCUAUUGCGUAA